CUUCUUGCCCCCGCCUCCAACAUACCCCUCUCCAUCUGCCCCAAGACGCAGGCGCGUCUCCUGAAGUCAGGUCCCAACGUCUCUCUCCUUUCUUAUUCCGUUCCCCCUCCUCCUCCUGCACCGCUGCAGGUUCAAACUCACUUUGGCGAGAGUGGCUGCGAUCACGAGAUCACGUGAUGAGCAUCCUGCUACCCAACAUGGCGGAGUUCGACACCAUCUCGGAACUGGAGGAGGAGGAGGAAGAAGUAGCAACGUCGUCGUCGUCGCCGUCGUCGUCGUCGUCGUCGAUGUCUGGGCCCGACGAUGACGAGGAAGAUGAUGAGGAGGAGGAGGAAGAAGUGGAGGAGGAGGACGACGACGACGAAGAGGAAGGGGUAGAGGAGGAGGCGCCGCCCCCACCUCGCGUAGUGAGCGAGGAGCAUCUGCGGAGAUAUGCCCCUGACCCUGUAUUGGUGCGGGGUGCCGGCCAUAUCACUGUGUUUGGCUUGAGCAACAAGUUUGAUACUGAAUUUCCCUCAGUUCUAACAGGGAAGGUGGCCCCAGAAGAAUUUAAGACCAGCAUUGGCCGCGUGAAUGCGUGCUUGAGAAAGGCUCUCCCAGUCAAUGGUAAAUGGCUGCUGUGUGGAUGUCUCUGCUGCUGUUGCACACUGGGCUGCAGCCUGUGGCCUGUUAUUUGUCUCAACAAAAGAACCAGAAGAUCAAUUCAGAAGUUACUAGAAUGGGAAAAUAACAGAUUAUAUCACAAGCUUGCUUUGCACUGGAAGUUGACUAAAAGGAAAUGUGAAACUAGCAAUAUGAUGGAGUAUGUAAUACUAAUAGAAGUCUUACCAAAAUAUCCCAUAUUUCGACCUGACUGAGAAGUUUUAUUCAGUCACUUCUGUGUUAUCUGUCAUUUCCUACCCUUAGUGCCUUGUAGAUGAUUUUGGAAUGAAGACGGUCUUCUUUGCUGUAUUCAGCUUAUUCUUUAUAAUAGUAGAAUAUUCUCCUCACUCUUCUAUUUGUGUUGAUUUAAGAAGAAAAUUUGCACAUCUUUUUUGUUGUUGUUAAAUUAGCUUGUGUUUUGCACUCUAAAAUUUUUAAAUAUACAUAUACAUACACAUGCACAUAUAUAUAAAUAUAUAUAUAUAUUCAUAUACAUAGUUGCCACUAAAAAUAAAACAUCAAUACUGGUGUUUAAAAACAAAAACAACCUUGUUCUGAGCAUGCUGCCUUAUAAUUUUCAUACUCAGUGUUUCUAAAUACGUGUCAUUUUUCUAGACUACUUAAUGCUCUGUAAUCCCUUACUGAACACUUAAAUAAGCUUUCAGUAGCUUUUAGAAAUGGUUUUACUCUGCUCUUAAAGGACAUGCAAUUAAUCAUUCUGGUUUUGUCCUGCACUUUGCUAAAUUAUUAUUUUAUGUUAAUGAACAAAAUAUUUAAACUUCUAAAGACUUGUAAAUAUUGUCUCUUUGCAUAAUGUCAAAUGUGGUAUGCCAUAGUUUACAGAAUGUAAUAUUACUCUUACUGUAUUGCCAACACUUCUGCAUAGAUUUUAAUAUGAAUGAAAUUUGCAAGCGUCCUUUUGAAUGCAGAGACCAUUAACAUACAGUUUUAUGGCAAAGCCAUGAGUUUGUUAAAAUUUCAGAUGUAGGGCAAGGUUGCCUUUUGUGUAAUAAGCAGAUUAAAAUUGAUAUCAUUGCCUCAGCUAUCAUGCAUUGCACCUGAAACUAAGGACAUUAUGUUUCCCCAUUUAUUCUGCAGUUCCAAUUUUCACCUCUGCUGCUUCUAUCAAAUAAUUUAUUUGACAUCUGAUACAAUUUAUAGCCUUACUAUUCUUUUGUUAAUUUACUCCUUCCUUUGAAAAUGCUCAGAAAUAAAACUUUUAAGAAGUAUUUUGAAAUUUCCCAUAUCUUCAUGGGAAUUAUUUAGACCCCUAUGAAAGCCACUGAUGGUCCUUUUCUGGAGUUCAGAUACUCUGUUCUGGGAAAGAGCUAGUUGGUAAACUGUCUAAAGAAUGUAUUGUGGCUGACACAUAGUUGAGAAAAUACUCUCAAUCAUUUUUUGAGGAAUUUUUUUAAACACAUGGACAUUAUUGAAGAAAGACAAAUGUUUAAACAAAUAUAAUUUACCAUGUAAUUUUAACUCAUAGUAGCCAUUUGAUUGAUGUAUGCGUAUUUUUCUAUUUCUUUUCACAAGAUGAAGGAGAAUACCACUCUAGUUUGAGUAGAAUGGGAAAUUUUAGCAUAACAAAAGCUUUAUGUCACAUUAAUUAGCUGCAAAGUAUCUUUGUGUGUAUGUGUUAUUUAUCAUUCAUAGUGCUAAAAGUGAAAAGUGUCUGGGACUGAAUAAUACUCUAUUUGCCAUCCUACUCUUACUGCUUUUAGUAAGCCUUGUAGGCAAGCAUUCAUCCCAGUGAAGACAACAUUAUUUAUUCAUACAAGAUCGAGCCUUUUAUGCUACUUUUAAAAUUUAUGCCUAAUUUUAAAUCCACAAUCUUUGACCAGUAAAAAAGGAGGGGAGUGGAGAAAGACUUAUUUGAUAUAUGAUUAUGGUUGUUUGCACAAAUGCUUUCCCACCUCCCUCUGUGGAGCUCCUUUAUCCACAUGCCACCCGGGAACCCCAGAUCUCUAACUUUUAAUAUAUUGUGUGUGCCUGCAAAUACGUGUUUGCCUCCUAUAAAACUGAAGGUGUAUUUUUGUAGAUAAGAUGGAAAUCUCUGAAAAUGCAUAUGUAGUAUUUUGUCUUAUAGCUAACGUCAAGGAAAAAUUGUACAUAUGGCUUAUGUUCCAGCUAAUGUCAUCAGAUUUAUGAUUCAUACUGUGAAAUUUUAACACCAAAAAUGAUUUCCUGCAUAAUACACAAUUUCUAAUUGUUACUGGUAGAAUAAAUUGCUUCUUAGUAUCAACCUUUGAACUCUUUUUCUUCUGUAAACUUGGAAUUUGACCAUUUGAUGAUUGUAACUUUUUCUGCCAUGUCAUGUAUAAACUUCACUUGGUUUUCUUCAAAAAAAGCAGAAAGUAUUGAAUUAUUCUCAUGAAACAAAUAUUAAGACAGGAAUAGAGACUAGCUAGAGGUGACAGUGUAUGGUAUUUGUCAUAAAAUCAUUUUCUGACAUAUAUAAUUUUUCCCUGCAAUAAUGGGGGUCAAAUCUAGGGCUUUGUACAUAUGCUAGUAAAAUGCUCUACCUCUGAGCUACAUCUUGUGUGUGUUUGUUUUGGAAACAGUUUCUCACUAAGUCACCAAGCUGACCUGGGACUUGUGCCUCCUAAUUUUAGUGACCCAAAUUGGUUAUUUUAUUGUUUCUCAUGAUGAUGACUUAGACUACUCAGAAAACACAAUUUUUUUUCUCAUGUAACUGCUGAUUCAAACUGUUUUCUCUUACAAGAGGCUGACAAGAAGUGGAUAUUUUGAAGUGUUUAGGAGAUUACUUUCUUUUCAAUGAAACUGGCAGCAAUGAAUGCUGAAAUGACAUUCCUCGCCCAUCAAGUCUUUUUGUUCUAUCCUCAGGAUGGAGAAUGUUUGUUUUUUUCAUUGGGUUACUAUUUUUGUGAGUUGUUUUAAGGUUGAAAAAAGUAAUUUUGAAUUUCUUUGUUACAUUAUACUGGUUUAUAAAAUCCACCAUAGUUGCAUCAUUUGCCCAAGCAUAUAAAUUUCAUUAAGCUUUGAGGUUACAAGGUAAGAGAUAUCUUUAAAAUUCACAUUUGAAUGCCUCUCUUUGGACCCAAGAUUCUGGCUUAAUAAAUUGAUCAAGUUUGUCAUUUUAAGCUCAUCCAAAAGACCAGUAUCACUGAUAUUAUUAAUAACAAUAUGAAUAAGUGUCAUUUACAUUUUAGUUUCAUACUGAGGCAUGUCUUUUGUUUGUUGUCUUCUACCUCCAUUUUAGUUUAGAACAAGAGAACAUUAUAGUAAGACUUUUGCAGUAGAUGUAGAAGUGCCUUGUCUUUUUUGAACAAAGAUAACAUAUUAUGAGGAAGGAAGCAGAAUAAAUUAAUUGAUAUAUUAUUAGAUUGCAAAUCAUCAUCUUCAACUAGAUACAAGAAUACCAAUGUAUUGUAUUUCUUAUACAAAACCUGUUUUUUUUUUUGUUUCCCUCUAAUCAAGUGAUAUAUUAAGGACAGACUAUCAUAGAACAGGACUAUUAGUCACUGAAGAACUAGGGUAAUUUUAAUGCUAGUAAUCAUAAUUUAACAUAGUUCUGGAAGGAUAAAGGUCUUUGAUUAAAGCCCUACCAAAACACAACUAAGUAUUUAAUGUCUGUACGAUUCAUAUUAUUCUGUCUGUAAACACUGAUUCUAAGAAAUGAAACAAUAUUUAUGAAUCUUUUAAUGAAAUUUUUCUUGUUUUUUCAUAAUUUGAGUAAAGUUUGAUAGCAUUUGUAAGCCUUAAACAAAUAGGGAUUUUUCAAGAGUCUGGGAGCUCUAAAAAUCAUUAGCAUUUUUCUUUUCUUUAUAUAUAACUGCCACUUUUUUAAAAAAAAUCUAACCUUACUACUACAACAUAAAGCUCCCAAGUGAUAUUUCAUUAGAAGUUACCAUAUUGAUGUAGAUAUAUACAAAGGAUACAGAAAUUAUAUUCAUCCAAUGAUUGUUUGGAGCACAAUCCAGUGAUUGUGUUCCCACAUGGUGGGAAUACUGUUUGCCAAUUUGAUUAUAAAUGCUCAAAUUUAUUAAAAUUAGGUCAUCUUAUGCCUAUAAAAGUCUGCUCUUUACAAAAAUUCUGUUUUGCAACAUAUGCCAAAUUCCAUUUCCCAUAAGUGGUGAACUUUUGGAAAAUUUUUCACAGAAAAGGAAUAAGUUAUUAAUAUCUGUACAUGUAAUAUAUAAGCUAAACAAUAGAUGAUAGACAGAAAUAUAACCUGAUUAUAAGCCAAGCUUUUCAUUUUGUUGAUGGCAGCCUGAAAAUAUAUUCCAUUUUCUAUAGGUUUUGUCAAACUCUUAUUAAGUGAAGAAAUGAUCUAAUAUUCUGAGCCCCAUACAAGUCACCUAAAUUGCAUGUCAGCCUCUUGAUUUGUAAAUGACAGGGUUGAACCUAGAGCUGAACAGAAAAUUAGAGAUUAACCAAUACUCUGUGAUGUUUGGAAUUCUUAGCAAUUUUUUACUCUACUCAUUAUUAGAAUGCUUUUUCUCAGAUCUACUACCUGUGAGGGAAACUCUCACAGUGCCUUGUACACAGUGAAAGUUUAGUUUGCUGGCUGGCUGUUAGUUCAAGUGUGUUAUUAUUACUUAGACUCAAAUUGAUGCCUGUUGGAUCUUAGUCUUUCCAUGUUGGUAAAAGUGAAUAUAAUUCCCCAGGAACUGAGUACUGAGGUCUCUGCUUUACCUAUGUGGAAUCUGACUGUACAGUUGAUAUCCGGGAAUGAAUUACAGCUUUGACAGUGAAUAUAUAUGGUCCAUCAUUUAUGUGGGGAAUUUCAUAACCGACUCAGCAUCUGCUUUAGUAUUUUGUCAGGUAACAUACCUUCAAAAAUUAUCUAUUGGAACAAACUGGUAAGUCUAGGUGAAAAGGAAUGUAAAAUUCAAACCCAAGUUAAUUCUGAUUUAAUUCUUGGCUUUGUUGCCUAAUUCCUCUGUACCUCAUGUCCUCAUUCCUGAAGUGGAGACAAUAAUCUGUACCUACCUCACAGGGGAAUUGAGGAUUUUUUUGUAUAUAAAUGUAUUCUGAAGUUGACUGAAAUAUAUACUAGAUAUCAUAAUUAUGUAAUUCCUAAAUAGAGUCACUUAAAUCUGUGUUUUUCUUUCUCAGUAAGACCCUACAGAACGAAUGUUGCUGUUGUGUUUAUUUUUCAGUCAAAAAAUUUUGUUACUAAUCCCCUAUUUGCUAAACAUGACUAAUUGUACUGUGGUAAUAAUUGAUUAGAGAAGAAAAGCAGAUGGAGUAAACCAGUUGUUCCCAGUUUGGGGCAGAUGAAGCUAAAAGAGGGAUAUCCUUGUUCCUUUUGAAUUAUUUUAAAAAAUAUCCUGGGAGUCAUAUAUUGACCCAUAUUUCUACUAUACAAGCCAAUCAAGGUAUGGAAUUUUCAGGCAUUUUGCUUAUAUUUCAGUUCUGUCUAUAAGCACUGCUUAAUCACACUGAUCAGAAGGUGUGACUAGUAGUAUUUUCAUUAAUAAAAUAUUACAUGCAAUUUACUAAAUACUUGAAAAUAUGCAAAAGAAAUCAUGAAGAGAUUCACAUGAUGAAAAUGUUAGAAACCACUUUUGUAAAGAAACUAAGAUUAUUUGAUUCUCCACAGAUUGCUUACCUAGUCCCUAAAUAAUGAAAGCAUGUGCGUGUGUUUGGUAGAUAGGUCUAUAAAUCAAGUUAGAAUUCAUUUUCAGUUUUCUUUUUUAGGACAGUGUAACUGAACUAAUUCACUGAGGUGUGUUCAAGUAAUUCUCAUAUAUAUAUAUAUAUAUGUAUAUAUAUAUAUAUGACUGCAAAUGUGGAAAGUGUUAAGUUUUAGCAUUGGUUUAUAUAUGCAUUUCUGAGUCUCAAAUGUUUCUGUGUAUAAACUCAACAUGAAUCAGGGCAAUAAUUUCUCAAAUAUUUUAAUUUAUAUUUAUAAUAUUUAAGCUUUUAUCUUGGCUUAAUUUUCCAUUUUCCUGUUAAUCAAAUAGUGUAAAAUUGCUUUAAUGCCUGGACUUUGGAGCAAGUUACAAAUGCUUAAAAUUAUAUAAUCUCCAAACUAGUUUGCCAUCGUUGGACUAAUCACAAUCAAAUGUGAGUUUCAGCGACAAGAAAAGAACAUCCAGAUAGCUAAAAUGGGCACUGAUUAAAACAUCUGGUCAAAAAGCCUGUAAUUUCUACUUUUUGGCAGAAGACCCUCAUUGGGACAGCUUUAUAAGAAGAGAGUAAUAGUGACUGAGUCCACUCAAAGAACUUUUAUGCUUCCUGUAGUGUUACAUAGCCUGUGGAAUCAAUUCAUGUUUCUCCCAUGAGUCCAAGGAUGACAAUUCUGGAAAAAAUCUAUAUACAGCUGUGCCAAAAUAAAGAAUACCUGCCUCUCUGGAACUUUAA